GCUAAAGAAGGAGUCUUUUGAUCGAAAAGUUGAGGAAGAAGCAAAAAUGAUGAUGUAUGAUAGCUUGCUGGCGAGAAGCUUCAGCAAACACGAGCAGAAGAAGCUGGGAACAGGGGCAUUGGUCAUUUGCUUCCUCAUUUUCCUCAGCUUCUGCACCAUUUUCAAGCCUCAGAAAUGGGGUCCCCUGCCUUCACCCUUGGAUCUAAGGUGGUCUCCUCAAAAGUUGCAUAUUGUCAAUGGUACAGCCACCACUCUG